UUCCAAGGGCCCAAGUUUCAUUUUUUUUUUCUUUUCUCUAGCUGAGCUCCAUUCUCCACUUGGUGCCAACUCCGACCAAACCCUAACCACCGAUCCCCUUCCUCUCCACACCGGCGGCCAUGGUCCCGCCGGCGCCGCACCUCUUGGACGAGAUCCUGGAGGAGAUCUUCCUCCGCCUGCCCACCCCGGAUGCGCUCGCCCGCGUCUCCACCGCCUGCGCCACCUUCCGCCGCGUCAUCACCGAGCGCGCCUUCCUCCGCCGCUUCCGCAAGCGCCACCCGCCUCCCCUCCUCGGCCUCAUCAACGACGACGCGGGCGGCUUCCGCCCCGCCGAGGCGCCCCACCCUUCCGCCCGGCUCGCGCGCGCGCUCCUCGACGCCGCCGAUUUCACCUACUCCUUCGUCCCCAAGCCCAAGCAAGGGUGGCUCAGCCCCUGGCAUCCCCGCGACGUCCGCGAUGGCCGCGUCCUCCUCAAUUGCAGAACCCCGGGGAGAACCGUCAGGAUCGCAUUCGCCGUGUGCGAUCCCUUGUCACGGCGCUACGUGCUGCUCCCACCUCUACCUGAUGACGACCUAGCCGUCCAGGAAGGAGCCCCGGCUGAAUUGGCUCCCGUCCUUGCUCCCGUUGGCGAUGAUGGGGAUGAGACAUCAUUCAAAGUGAUAUGCAUGGCGAGCUUCAAAUCCAAGGUGGUCGCCUUUGUCUUCUCGUCCGACACCCGGCAAUGGCGUAUAGCUGCAUCUCCUAGCUGGAGUUCUUUGGGCACCGACCGCCCACAUGGACUGCGCAACUGUUCCUAUCAUGGAUGUCGUGGCUUGUCAUGUUUUGACUACGUGCGCGGUUGCAUGUACUCGGCGGCGCCUUGGUUGGACAAGUUGCUUGUGCUGGACAUGGAAAGAAUUCAGUUUUCCACUAUCAACUAUACCACCCGCUUCCAUAUAGGCGAGGUACCCUAUGGACACGCUAUGUACAGCGGAUUUCGGCCUGGCACGAGCAGAAGUCUGCCUGGCAUUGUAGUGGGUACAGAAGGAGCCCUUGAGUUGUUUUCUCUUGUUGAAGAUGUCACUCCAAAUGGCCCGUCUUGUCUCUAUCACACCACUCUGCAAAAUAACAGUGAACAUUGGCAGCUGACAAAUGUUAUAUCGUUGCCUCACCAGCAUCACUAUUUUACCGUGGGCGCAGCUGAGGGAUUCUUAUUCCUCGGAGGCACUGCAUCUGAGCUGGACUGUGAUGAUGAAACCGAGCGGCUGGAAACUUGGCCUGUAGAUUAUUUUUCAUUGGAGGUCCGGACUUCAGAACUGAAGAAGAUUUGUAGGAUGACAAAGGCAUACUUCAACCACGAACGUGUGCACUCGUACUUUGGCUUUCCACCAUCGCUGUCUAAACCAAGUAUAUGAAGUGGGUUGAAUUCACUUCGUUUUUGGGGUCUGUUAUUUGGGCCAUGCAUCCGGCCGGCGCCGUGGAGGAUAUAGAUGGAAGACUGCAACUAUGCUCGCUGGAUGCACUACUGUUUAUCAGAAAAAUAAUCAUGUGUUACUGUUAAGCUUAUUUAAGCCAGGAACAUGCUGUUAGCAAGGACAAUUUGUUGUGUAGCACUAGUAUGUAUGUACAGGAGACAGACAGUAAUUGUGCUGGGAGAAUCGCUACUUAUAUCAUCAAUCGCUAAAUUUGAGAUUUGACUCAAAAACAAAA